AUGCUGGCAUUCGGGGUCUUAUUCCCUUUGGGGAUGGUUCUCGGGAUUAUCAAGAACAGGUGGCACGUUCCGUUACAAGUUGCUGCCUCGAUCAUCGCUCUACUCGGAUAUGCACUGGGCCACAUGCACGGAGGCCGCGAAUUUCUUCCUACGAACGUUCAUUCUCGCUUCGCCGAUAUCUUGUACCUCGUAAUGUUUGCACAGAUUAUCCUUGGUGUCUACUUGAAGCUUCAUUUGGAGAAGGGUAUACAUGGCCGUAUACGCCCGGUGAUUCGGCUGCUUCAUGGUAUCAAUGGAAAGGCAUUCCCGCUGCUUUCUUGGGUGCAGAUGCUCUUCGGCGGCAUCACCACCCUAGGGUUUUGCCAGGGUGACCAUCUCGGACAGUGUUUGGCUCACUUCAUCAUGGGCAGUGCUUUCAUUGCCUACGGCGUUUUGCUCACCAUUCUGCUCCUUGUUGGCCAACUCUGGCUGAAGCGCACUGGCAGGUCGCAAGAGUUCUUUGACAGUGUGGUCAUUGCCGCGUGGGGUUGCGUUAACACCUUCACCGAGCACCGCUGGGGCACCGCUUGGGUCAAGAACGAUUGGCAGCACACGACCAUGGGAAUUAUCUGGUGGUGUGCUGGGUUGGCUGGAAUUUGGCUUAGCCGAACCCGAGAUGGCCGACCGCAGAGAAACUUCAUUCCUGGCUUUGUUAUUCUCUUGACCGGCUGGGCUAUGUCUGCCCAUCCCCAAGAUCUAAUGAUCAGUGCCAUGACCCACAAGAUCUUCGGCUACACGUUGAUGGCUGCUGGUCUUACUCGUAUCAUCGAGAUUGCUUUCAUCCUGAAGGACAAGAACGGUAUUUCCGAGGAUGGGACUGAAACCCAUAGCUUCCAGUAUAUCCCCGUCUUCCUGCUGUAUGCUUCUGGUUUCCUUUUCAUGGGAGCCACCGAGGAACAAAUGGCUCUUGUUGCCGGCUCCGGCAUUGAUGCUGUCGCUUACGUCCUCAUCAUCUACAGCCUGGCGUUCCUCCUCUUCCUCUUCGUCAAUAUGCUCAUCAGCGUUUAUGACCGCAACGCGAAUGCCGAGCUCCUGGCUAAGAAGUCUGGUGGAAACCGCCCACGGCUCAAUGGCCAUGCUGUUGCCGAUGAGCGGCAGGUACGGGAUGCCGAAGAGUUCGAACUCGACGGCCUAAUGACCGAUGACGAGGACGAGGAGCAUGCAGCGAGGCGGAAGCUGCUGAGAGACGACCUUGGUGAGGAGGAAAUGGGCCUCAUGAGCCCAAGCACUGUUGGCCGAAACAGUGACCGAGUAGCACCUUAA